AUGGAAGAUAUCGGUGUCAAAAUACCCGCCGACCAUGUCGAAGGCAAAGUCGACGUGGGCGACUUGAAGAACGACAGGGCCAACAAAAUCCUCAGCGAAGCAGCAGGACAACGCAUCGUCCUCACCCCCGAGAACAACUCUCGAGUCCUGAGAAAGAUCGAUUUAUACAUACUCCCAGUGGUGCUUGGGAUCUAUUUCCUGCAGGCUUUGGACAAGGCCACAUUGGCCUACGCCUCGGUGUUUGGCCUUGUCGAGGACACCAAUCUCGUCGGCCACGAGUAUUCCUGGCUGGGCGCUGUCGUCUACCUUGCGCAGCUGGUGGCGCAGCCUCUGAUUGCCUAUGCACUGGUCAAGUUGCCGCUGGGGAAGUUUCUCGCCGUCAUCGUCUUGCUCUGGGGUAUUUCCUUGUCAGCCAUGCCAGCAGCGCACAACUUUGCAGGCUUGCUGGUGUGUCGGUUAUUCCUGGGCCUGUUCGAGGCCGGCGUGGCUCCCGCUUUCAUCGCUCUCACUCAGAUGUGGUGGCGGCGACGAGAGCAACCCGUCAGGCUCGGAGCCUGGUAUGCGAUGAACGGCAUCACCAACAUUGUUGGCUCCCUGUUGACUUAUGGAAUUGGCCACAUUCACUCGAGUUCACUUAAGCCUUACCAGAUUAUUUUCCUAUUCUUUGGCUUAAUCACGGUUGUUUUCUCCGUGGUAGUUUGGUUUUUCCUCCCGGAUUCCCCUAUUACCGCGCAUUUCCUCAAAGGCGAAGACAAGUUGAUUGCCAUCGAGAGGCUGAGGGCAAACAACCAGGGUGUCGAAGGUACUGAAUGGAAAUGGACUCAUGUCAAAGAAGCAGCCCUCGAUAUCAAGACAUGGCUCUGGGCGGCCAUGAUGUUUACCAUCUCUGUGCCGAGUGGCGGCGUCUCGACCUUUGGCCCACUGAUUGUGAAGAACUUUGGCUUUGAUCAGUUCGAAACGAUUCUUCUGAACAUGCCCUUUGGUGCCGUCCAGCUGAUCGCUACUAUGGGAGGUGCAUGGGCCGCAACAGCCUUGAAGCUCAAGUCUCCUGUCCUGGCAUUCCUCAGUCUCCCACCCAUUGCAGGCUGCGCCAUGCUUUUGCAUCUUCCGCGAGAUGCAUCAGCCAAAGCGCCACUGUUGGUGGCCUACUACUUGAUUUCGGUCUACCCCGGCAUCACACCCUUGAUCUAUUCCUGGUCUGCGGCAAACCCAGCUGGGGAGACGAAGAAGAAGGUCACGACUGGCGCACUCUUCAUCGCCCAAUGCGCCGGCAACGUGCUUGGACCCAAUCUAUAUACUACUGGAGAAGCGCCACUCUAUCACAGAGGCUUACUGUCCAAUCUUGCCCUCUUUGUCGUCCUCAUAGGCCUCUACGCCGCCCAGGUCGGCUACUUGCUCGUGCUCAACAAACGACACGGGAAGACCAGAGAGAGCAUGGGCAAGCGCGCUGUCUUGGUCGACAAAUCCAUGAAUCGGGUCCAAGCAGCAGCGAUGGAUGGCGCUCCUGAAGAGCAGGACGAAGAAAUGACGGGCCACCAUGCGUUCGAUGACAAAACGGACUGGGAGAAUGAGGAUUUCAUUUUCGUCUAUUAG